GGUGCAGUGAGUAAAGUCGCAUUGGCACUGUCAGGCUCCUCGAUAUCCUGCGGAUCAUCUGGGAUAUUUUCAAGGAAUGGAUCAAACUCACUCUCGGCAUUGAGUGACUCAUUUGGACCUCCAUCCUCACUCCCUGUACUCGCACGUUGGACUGAAGUUUUGUCUCCAUCAUGAGUGCGCAGGCCGUGAAACAUAGGAGGAAGAAAAGCGACGACAUGUCACUGUUGAGGGACUGGAGAGGAGCCCUCCAAACUCCACAUGUCUAUCGGGUUGGGAGUAGCUCAGUGAGACUGCAGAAUCAAUGUUUAAUUGCAUUAGUUAUAUUUUUUAUACCGGUGGUGUUAUAUGCCUAUCCCAGAAUACUUAACAAUUUGUGUCAUACGAAAGAAUGCAGAGAAUGUUUUGACUACUCUGUUUACAAUUCCACGUAUCCACUGUCAACGCCGACUCAAUCAGCAUCUGGAGUGACGUUUAAAAUUUCUAUAAUUAGUGAUUUGGAUACUGACUCGAAAGUGCCUGAUAAAGGGAUCUGGGUUAGUUAUUUGAAGAGAGGAACAUUGACGUGGAAUGUCAAGGAUCGAAAGGUCUCGGUGUAUUUCGAUGACAAUCCAAUCACACUGUCAUCGAAUAUAGCUAUGAAGGGAAGGACUAUGGAGCUAUCGGAAUUGGUGACUUUUGAUGGGAGAAUCUUGAGCUUUGAUGAUAGGACUGGCCUUGUUUUUUACUUUGAAGGGGACAAGAUUUAUCCUUGGGUUAUUCUCAUGGAUGGAGAUGGAAAAAGUACAAAAGGUUUCAAAUCUGAAUGGGCUACUGUCAAGGAUAAUUUACUGUACGUCGGGAGCAUGGGAAAGGAGUGGACCACCCCCGCUGGAGAAUUCACUAAUAAUAACCCUAUGUGGGUGAAGGUGAUUUCACCCAAGGGCGAUGUGCGCUCGCUCGAUUGGGUUGAUAAUUACAAGAAACUGAGGAGGGCUAUUCAUAUUGAAUUCCCUGGGUAUAUGCUCCAUGAGUCCGGGAUGUGGAGUGAGAGGUGGAAUAGCUGGUUCUUUCUUCCCAGGAGGUGCUCUCAGGAGAGAUAUAAUGAAACCAAGGAUGAAGUCAUGAGUUGUAGUUAUUUGCUGACUGCUAAUGAAGAUUUUUCCAGUAUAAAGACAACGAAAAUUGAGGGGAGACUACCCAUUCGUGGCUUCUCAAGUUUCAAAUUUCUGCCUGGUACAGACGAUACCGUCAUAAUUGCGCUAAAAUCCGAAGAGUUUCAAGGCCGAACAGCAACUUACAUCACCGCAUUCACGAUCGAUGGAGAGAUACUAAUGCCAGACAUGAAAAUAGCUGAUUUAAAGUACGAAGGUUUAGAAUUUGUAUGACAUAUCUCAUAAACUUUAAAAAAAUUUAAAUUUACUUCUAUAAAUGUACAUAAACACCUCGGUGGCAGAGGAUUGUAAAUAUAUACAAAAAUAUAGGAGAGGGGGACUAUACUGGUCUCAACGUCUUUAAUAGAACAAUUAUGCGAAUUAUUUGUGUCAAUUCUACUGGAGUUCAAUCAUCCGUUUGAAUGACUGAAUUUUUUAUCGCUUCUACGAUAUUAUACAUGAGAUGAUCAUUGAGUAUGAUUUUUUAUAAUGAAUGAUGUAGGACCAUUGUGAAUUAGACCUAUUGGAAAUUAUUUGAGAUUCAGGAAUAAAGUUAAUAUAUGCUAAA